AUGGUAAGGCUCGAGACCACCUGCCAUUCCAUCCACGAACUCAAGAGAACAUUUGAAUAGCCGAAGGAACGUCGGACGAGGACCCAUGGGCAUCAAUCAUCAGUGAAGCUGCCUAAACGCAGUUAUGCAGUCGGGGAUUCAGCAGUCGAGCAUAUCGAUAUUGGUUCUGCAAAAGAUGCGCCAGCGAAUGCUCUCCUCCAGGCUAUGUCCUCGCCGGAGGACAGCAGUAUCGGUGUAUCCCUGACCAAAAAAGAGAAGCUCGCACUAAAGAGAGAAGCUUUUCUCCAAAAGCUGGAAUUGUCCAAAACGCAUUCCAAAUCCCAUGAACGUAGGAUGAAGCGAAAGGCAAAAGAGCAGCUUGCGAGCGGCAUGACAGAGAUUCAGGCCGUCCUGGCAGCUCUUGAAGAACCUCAGGAACCUCAAGGCACAGAGUCGAAAGCAGGAGAAAGUGGGGAGACGACGACUGCUUCAGGCAGCUCCCAGACGGCAUCAUCCAAGAGUUUGAAGAUUGGAGCAGGCAAAUCGGAACCUUUGAGCAAGGCGCAGCGGAAGAAAGCUUUGCAAUUAGAACGUCUGAGGCAGCCUCUCAUUCUCACCAAUCCAUCUUUCUCCUCUAAUCCAUUCAGCACUGUCCGUUUGCACGCUCAAAAUACCCUCCUCAAGAAACAGCCUCCCCCCACUACUUGA